UAUAUACAGUUUGAACGCAUUAGACUGCCGCUUCUUCUCAGUUCAAAAUUUUGCGCUACUCAAUCAAUCUUCAAUUCUUCGUCUGUCCCGUUUGGAUCUGGAUUGUUUCGUUUUUGAUUCGGUCUGUCGAUCUCUGCAAUGGUCGAGGGUGAGAAGAACGAUCUUCGAGCAGUUUGCGAGCUUCGUCUCAUCGACUUCUCGGCCGAGGACGACUGCCUGAUUGAUGCUUCUCCUGGUGGCCUCAGCCAGCAUCUUAUCUCUCCAGAAAAUCAGAAAGAGCACAAAAGUUUUGAGAUUUUGGAGAGUGUAAAUGCUAAAGAUGUAACAGACAUUUUUGGGCAGAAAGAACAAUCACCUCAAUCAUCUAAAUCUCUGAAACUAGAAAGAGAAAGAAAGAUUGGCAAGUGUAAUCUGCGCAAAAGUUUAGCCUGGGAUAAUGCUUUCUUCACAAGUGCAGGUGUCCUGGAUCCUGAGGAGUUCUCUAGCAUGAUUGAAGGGGUUAAAAGCAGUGAAAAACAUCCAUUACCUGGAAUUCCAGAGGAUGCAUGCAAAUCUACUGAUUCAAUCUCUACAUUAGAAAGUGAUGGUUCGAUGUUGGAAAGUAUUGAGGCUGAUUUGUUUGAAGACAUAAGAGCUUCAAUACAAAAAUCAAGCAAAACAUCCUAUUUAUCAAACUCGAGUGACACACCAAGAUCAGGAAGAACAGAAACCCAACCUACCUGUUCUUCAAAGAAAGUGGAUCUUGCUUCCCAAAAUAGGGUCAAUGCCAAACCUGUUUUGAAGAAGUCAAGUGGUGGGAUACCAGGAUCAGAGAAGACAGUGAAGCAAGCUUCUGUUUGUCGACAAAUCACACAGCCUGUUGCCAAAAGCAGGGAGUCAACUUCCUCACUUCCAAAGCUUCCCAAGCUAUCAGGCAGGGUUAAUCACAUCUCAGAAGCUCAAACUAAGAGGGCUUCUUUGGGUGUCGGUCGUACCAAAGUGGAAAUUGACAGUGCAAAGGGAGUUACUGCUGCAGGUAGAGGGGCUCCAGUGACAAAGAACCCUGGGGUGACCGACUCUCGUAGCAUUGCACCACGAGUUAAACCACCUUCUACCCGAUCCUCCUCUUUAGUUUCUUCUACUACUAGACAGCCAACUUCUUCUCGUUCCUCAAUUGACAGUUCCAGCAGCAGUUCAUCUGACAACAUCAGUAAAUCUCCCUUGAAUUCGCAGAGAAAAAAGAUCGAUUUUAAAUUUGUUACUAUGUUGCCUUCUGGUUCCAUGUCAAAAACCCCAUCCAGGAUCGCAGCCAGACAUAAAACUCAGCCUGGGAGUUCUAAUCUCUCUGCUUUUUUGAAGUCUACGUCCAAGCAUUCUUCUAGCAUAUCACCCACUAGUUCUAUCAGUGAAUUGUCUGUUGAGUCAUCGUCAUCAACUUCCACUGUCAAUCAACGAUCUAAUAAUUCAAAUGCUAGUCUUGAAAAUGAUUCUCCUUGCAGAGCUAACUCUGUAGAUAGUGAUGCCUCUCAUGUUUCAGAUCAGAAAACAUCUGAUAAUCAAAUUUUGGAUGGGCUUCAAAAUCGUGUAAAUGGGUUGUCAAGUCAAACUGUAAAGAGAGCUUCUGCAGGGAGAGGCUUACCUGCUUGUCCAACUUCCAUAAAGCCUUCAGGCCUUCGAAUGCCAUCACCAAAGAUUGGGUUUUUUGACGGGGUGAAGCCCGCAAUGCGCGCUACUAAGGAAGAUUUGCAAUCUCGUUCUGGUUUACCAGCUGGUUUGCCUAAAAUUACAGCUUCGAUCUGUAGCACAAGUGGGGUGUCAAACAAAGCAAAGUUGGGAAAGCUUCAAGCUGCAAGAACUGUCAUGGCAACUGGGAAAAUAAAACAUGAUACCCAGAAAACUACCUUGAAGGUGAAGUCUACGUCUCCUGCACCUGUUCAAGCUUCAUCAACUUCUUCAACAAAGUUCUCUGGUGCUUUAAAGAAUGUAAAGACAUACCCUGGCAUAUCUUCAAAAGCACAGAAUGACCUACCUCCUAAAACAAGGGGAGAAAGUUACUUAAAGGAUGAAAUGAACAGUAGUCAUGGACCAUGUACUGGUAAACAUGUUUUAGAUUCUGAUUUGAAUGCAGAUGAGAAGGUCUGUGAGGGUGUUUUGACAAAUAAAAUGAGAACAAUAAAUGGGGGCUGUGCCCGCAUAGAGGACAUUAAGACCACUUCUAUUAAAGCAGAUGACACUGCUUGUGAACCGGGUUCUGUUUGGUAUAUUGAAAAUAUAGAUGCAUCUCUGAAGGUGGAUGACGGUGCAAUAUAUGGUCAGGAUCAACUUGAGAACAAUUUGCAUUCACUCUGCAAAACCAAUAAGAAGGGAAAAGAUCAUCUGGACAAUCACAUUGAAGGUUUAAGCGAACUUGUCAAAGCUGUGGAUCGGCAAAUGGAGACAAAGAAAGAGAUCAUUAGUAGCUCUUUUUCUGGAUCUGAUGUUGACUGCCCAGAUAAUGUUAGCGCUCUAAAGUUGUCAUGUUCCAGGGAGCUCCUUGCUUAUGGAAAGAGGGAGGAAUCUCUUGUGAUUGUCCAGGGAUCUAAUAUUUUGUCAAAGCCCGAUGCUUCAAUCUUAGAAACUGCGUCUGCUACCAGGAUUCCAUUUGCUGUAAAAAAUACAUCUUGUGAUAUUGAUGAUUUAUUAGACUUACCUAAAGGAUCAAAACUGGAGGUAGAAAACCCAGCUACAUUACCUUCUACUCAGAGUGCUCAGAAAGAAAAUUCCUGAUAGUGUCAGAGUCUGCACAGUAUUUCUUCAAGUUAUAUGGCCUGGGAUUCUCCAAGCACAUGGAGAUAUAUGCCAAUGGGGAGCUGUUUUGAAGUAGAAGAUGUUUUGGCAGACGAAACAAAUAUAUGGCUGUUGGAUCUUAGUCCUGAAUAAGAAUUUUCUUGAUUAUAAUUGUAUGGAAUCACCAUUUAAGCUGUAUCUGAAGUUCUUCUUCAGCCGCAUCCUGCUAGAGAAGAAUGCAUGUUGCUAGGGGAAGAAGUGUAGUAAGCUUUUUCACUGUUUAAUUUCCUUAAAUUUUUGGGUAAAGGUGUAUAUGAAACCAUAGAACUUUCAGAACUUGCUGUUCUGAUAGAAAAAAUUUAUCGAAAUGCAACCUUGUGCGCGGAAUCAACUUCACCGUCCAUUGAAAGUCA